CAUGGUCUUUAUGGACUUCCUUCUCAACAUUGAAGGGGAACAGGGGAGCCCAGAUAGUAGACUCCACAGUGCCCUCAGCCCUGAGAACCAGCUGUUCUUGGUACUUGUCCGGUUGCGCCUGGGGCUGCUUCUUCAAGACCUGGCUUUCCGCUUCCACAUCUCCGAAUCCACAGCCUCCCGCUAUUGGCUCAACUGGGUGGAGAUCAUGGAAAGGAGGUUGCGACAGAUUCCCGUUGCCUGCAGCCAGCAUUACGUAGAUGCCUUCAAGCCACAGCGGCUCAUUAGACAUCAAGACAUGGCCCUGGUGGCUUUGGAUUGCACAGAGCUCCUUUUUGAAGCCCAGGGAAGAACACGAGGCAAAGGCGACGGACCCUGGAGUCCUAGGGCCCGCUACUCUGUUCAUGGCUAUGCUCUGGUUGCUCCCAGUGGGUUUCUAACUUUUGGUGCAGGAACUGGUGAGGAGCUGCCAACUCUGCCUCCAUUCCUGCAGGCAAGACCUGUACAGCUGACAGCUCAGCAGGAGACAGCUAAGAGACAAGUCCUGAGCUUACGCAGCCUAACAGACAAGGUAUUCAGUUUCCGCUUCCUACGUGUUAUCCAUCCACAGAACAUGGAAGACCAAGUGUGCAGGGCAUGGACCAUUUCCUGCUACUUGGCUUGCCUCCUCCAUGAACCCAUGGGCCUCAUCUAAGGCAAUGUCCUGCACCUGCCAUAGUUUUCUCUUAAGACCUGUAUCACUUUUACCAAAUGCUGCUAUCCCAAUCCUGCUCCAGUGAAAUUUUAUCACUGGCACUUAUUUGGUGAGUUGGGUUCUCCAUAAUGGAAUUAAUACAGGUUGGAAAACUUGUUCUUUUCUUUGACUAUCAUGGAUAGCAUAUACAGGUCCAAAACAC